AUGGCAGCAGGUGAUAAUUCUAUCGGAGGAAACGGUGCCGAUUUACUUUCAGAAAGUGGAAAAUCUUCAGAUUCGAAAUCUGUGUCACCAAAAUCGGAACUUUUAUCAGGAAAAAACUUGACAUUUUCGCCAGAACAAGUAUCGUGUGUAUGUGAGGCUUUACAACAGAAAGGUGACAUUGAACGGUUAGCUAGAUUUCUGUGGUCGCUACCCCCUAGUGAAUUAUUACGGGGGAGCGAGGCAGUGUUAAAGGCACGGGCCACGGUGUCGUUUCAUAGAGGAAAUUACCGAGAACUGUAUGCUAUUCUUGAAAGUCACACCUUUGAAGGUUCGAAUCACAAUUUCUUGCAACAACUUUGGUACAAAUCUCACUAUAUGGAGGCCCAGAAAAUCCGAGGUCGACCUCUGGGAGCCGUUGAUAAAUAUAGAUUACGCAGGAAAUAUCCCCUGCCCAAAACUAUCUGGGACGGGGAAGAAACCAUCUAUUGUUUUAAAGAGAAAUCGAGACAAGCUUUAAAGGAGUGUUACAAACAGAACAGGUACCCGACCCCCGACGAAAAACGAACCCUGGCCAAAAAAACUGGGCUGACUUUAACACAAGUGUCGAACUGGUUUAAAAAUAGAAGACAGAGAGAUCGCACCCCACAGACACAGCCCCACCCUCAGUAA